CCAUAGAGCCUGCCUGAGUCUGAUUAGUAAGUAGCAACAGAAAGGACGGCUCCGAAGAUUUAUACUUAUUUAUUUUUUUAUAUAAUAAAACGGGACAUUUGCAGGCUGAGCAAUGAGGAGCCGUCUCUUUCUGCUGCCUGCCCUGCUGCUGCUGCUUGCCCUGCCCAAUACCCGAGGGCGCUACAACGAUGAAUUUGAUGACGGCGAGGAUCUGGCCGAGUUUGACGACAACGACUUUGCUGAGUUCGAGGAUGUCGGGGAGGAUCCAGCCAUCGAGACGGAUAACGAGCCUCCACCCAGACCGGCGCCCUCGUCCACUCCGGUAGAGGAGGAUGAUGAGGAUGAAGCUACAGUGGAGAACGAGGACGGGCAGGACGAGUUUGAAGAUGCCGAUACGCAGGAUCAGGACAUGUACAGCAAAUAUGACAACGAGGAGUUUGAGGGCUAUGAGAAGACCAACCCAACCUUUAAGGACACACUGAUCUAUAGAGAGAUCCCAGCACACUUGCAGAACAGUUGGGAAAGCUACUACAUGGAGAUCCUCAUGGUCACCGGCCUCCUGGCUUACAUCAUGAACUACAUCAUUGGCAAGAACAAGAACAGCAGGCUGGCUCACGCCUGGUUCAACUCUCACAGAGAGCUGCUGGAGAGCAACUUCGCUCUUGUCGGUGACGACGGUACGAGUAAAGAGGGCACCAGCACGGGGAAGCUGAACCAGGAGAACGAGCACAUCUACAACCUGUGGUGCUCAGGACGGGUUUGCUGUGAGGGCAUGCUUAUUCAGCUCAAGUUUCUCAAAAGGCAGGAUCUGCUGAAUGUGCUGGCCAGGAUGAUGAGGCCUGUCUGCGAUCAAGUGCAAAUAAAAGUAACUCUGAAUGACGAGGACAUGGACACGUUUGUGUUUGCAGUGGGAAACCGGAAGGCCAUGGCACGGCUUCAGAAGGAGAUGCAGGACCUGAGCGAGUUCUGCGGGGACAAGCCCAAGUCGGGGGCUAAGUAUGGACUCCCUGACUCUCUGACCAUCCUAACCGAGAUGGGCGAGGUCACGGAUGGAUUGAUGGACAGCAAGAUGGUGCAUUACAUCGUCAACCACGCCGACAAGAUCGAGUCCAUCCAUUUUUCGGAUCAAUUUUCUGGUCCAAAAGUUAUGCAAGAGGAGGGGCAGCCCUUAAAGCUUCCUGACACCAAGAAAACGCUGAUGUUUACAUUUAACGUGCCUGGGAUGGGAAACCCUUCUCCCAAAGACAUGGACGGUUUGCUGCCGCUGAUGAAUAUGGUCAUCUACAGCAUCGACAAAGUCAAGAAACUGCGCCUCAACAGAGAGGGGAAACAGAAGUCUGAAAAGAACCGUGCCCGUGUGGAGGAGAACUUCCUGAAGCAGACUCACGCUCAGAGGCAAGAAGCGGCGCAGACACGCCGAGAGGAGAAGAAGAGAGCCGAGAAGGAGAGGAUCAUGAACGAGGAGGAUCCCGAGAGACAGCGCCGCCUAGAGGAGGUGGCCCAACGUCGGGAGCAGAAGAAGAUGGAGAAGAAGCAAAUGAAGAUGAAACAAAUUAAAGUGAAAGCCAUGUAAACACACACACAUACAGACAGAUGCACACUCUGCUUUCAUGGCUCCUGGAAUCUGAGAAUGUAUCCAUCGCUUCCUGUAACUGUUCACUACCUUCUUCUCGGUCUCUGUGUUUUAUUUUAAGGAAAUACAUCCAUGAUUUAAAAUACUGCUGCUUUUUUAUUGGUUGUAAAUCAGGAGAAAUAUUUAAUACUGUUUGAAGAUUUGGUUAGCUUUCAGAACUGCUCCACAUGCCCAGGUACUAGAUUUAAUUGUUGGAUCUUUUACUAAUAUGGCUUUAUAGAAAUCCAUAGACGACUACACUACCCAUGUUUAUAAUAAAGAGAAGAAAAUGUGUGUUAGUGUGUUUGGAACAGAAUUUUUACAGCAUGAUCAUGUCCCUGGAAAACUACCUAUGAAUUACUACAGCUGCUCAACUGUUGUUAAAGAUAAAUGAAAGAUUAGCUCAAAGCCAUAAUGUAACCUAGAUUUUUUUAUAAAAUGUGUCUAAUUUACAAUUUC